CACACACAGACUCCAAAGCAAACAGACGCAGGGUCAGCGUGUGAUCAAUAUUUACAAUUCAUAUAAAACCUUUGUAGUGCAUAUGAUAACUUAUUUACUUCGCGUGAUCUUUAUGAACAAGAGAUACCACGUUAAGAGAUAAGCAAAGAAUGGUUGGAAACGAAUCAUACAAACCCAACGGCGAGGCGCACAUCGAAAACGGCAACGAUCUAAAACAUGAUAUAGACAAAAUUAAUUCGUUGAAAUCAAAAGAGAACAACGAAAUCGUAGCACAUUACCUUAAUGAAGGUUCACCCCCCGUGGAAAGGGUGAAGUUCGAAGGUUUAGAUGAUGAUAGUAUUUAUUCACAUGAGACUGAUGAAAAUAAACUGCCGCCAAUUCCCGAUGGUGGCUGGGGAUGGGUCGUUGUAUUCGCCGCUUUCCUUGUCUCAGCCUGUGCUGAUGGCCUUGCGUAUUCCUUUGGCAUUCUACACGAGGAAUUCACCAACUACUUCGAAGCAUCCCAAUCGAAAACCUCAUUGAUAGGAAGCUUAUUUAUUUCUAUUCCACUUAUUUCUGGACCUAUUAUGAGUGCGUUAGUUGAUAGAUAUGGAUGCAGAACGAUGACUAUGAUAGCUGGAGUAUUAUCAACGAUCGGUUUCCUUCUUGCUGCUAUUAGUGAUUCAAUUGUUAUGUUGUGCUUUACUUUAGGAACAUUGAGCGGUCUUGCCAUGGGUAUUUUGUAUGUCACUUCCGUCGUCUCUGUCGCUUUUUGGUUCGACAAAAGACGGACUCUUGCCGUUUCAUUGGCCUCAUGUGGUAUCGGUUUUGGUACCCUAAUAUACUCGCCUUUAACUAAUUUCUUCAUUGAGUUAUAUGAUUGGAGAAAUACUCUAGUACUUUUAGCUGGAACAAUAUUGAAUAUGUGCGUUUGUGGCGCUCUAAUGAGAGAUCCAGAUUGGUUAAUUAUAAAGGAAGCGCGAGAAAGGAAACAAGCUAAGUCACAAAGAUCGAGAAGACCUUCAAGUGCUGGGUCUAUUUCAUCAAAGUCAUUAGGAGGAGAAUCGGCCUUUUUGAGUGCUGAUGAAUUGAACGAUUUAUUGAAAAGUGGUCAAAGCCCAGAAUAUAUUUUAGCAACCCUUACUACUACUUUAGCUGAAGCAGAACAAUUGGAAGCUACAACCCAAAUGAACGCUGAACAAUCUCGCAAACGAACGCAUUCUGCUAUACAACUACCUACUUUUAUUCAAAGGCACGAUGAGGUACCAACAGAGGUUAUAGAGAAGCUGAUGAGCAAUAAACGUCUUUACAACAUAAUUUUACAAAACUAUCCGCACUUAAUCACCCGUCGCCGUUCUGAAGUGAAUCUGCACGUUGAUAAUGUUGAUACAUCUAAUUUACCUGAACCAGCAACAAUGAAAGUCACUGUAAUAGCGAAGAGACCGAAACAGCCUGAAGAUGCUAAAAAUAAAAAACCAAAUGACGUCACCGAUAGCGCUGAUAAGGCUAAACCUCAUGAAGAUUCUCAUACGCUUAAGCAUAAUUCUAGAUCUGAAACUAAAAUGUCGUCUACCCAUCAUGGGAAAGAUCAUAGUCAUUUAAAACCAGAAAUUAAACAUGCACAUCAUAGGGAGCAACUAAGACAAGUACCAACUACAGCAAGUUGGUUGUCCAGGCAGAUCUAUACAGACCAUCACUACUUACGAGAUAUGCCCUUAAUGAAAAGUACAAUUAUGCAUCGAGGUGCCAUGAUGAAUAUUCCUAGGUACAAGCUAAGAGCGUCCUCACUGCCUGAUAUCUAUAAGAAUUCAUCGUGGUCCAUAUAUUCGUAUUAUUCGGAUGAUGAAAGGAAAUGGUAUGACAGAGUUCUGGAUACUAUCAAAUCAACGUUUGACAUGAGAAUGUUCGUGGAGUUCCAUUUCAUAAUGUUCAACAUUGGCUCUCUUAUUCUGUUCGUCUGGGCGAUCAUACCUUACUUCUUCUUGAAGUCCUAUAUGACUACAGUGGACAUGGAAGGUGGUGCUAUGAUGAUAAGCAUUAUUGGAAUUGCUAGCGGUGUUGGAAUCGUCGGCCUUGGCUGGGCUGGCGAUCAACCCUGGAUCAACGUCACAAAGACCUACGCCAUCUGUCUGAUCGUCUGCGGCAUCUCCGUGGCUGCUUAUCCCCUCUUUAUCACGAAUUAUUGGGGCCUUGUUGUCAUCUCCACGAUAUUUGGCCUUUCCUACGCAAGCUCGUAUUCCUACACACCGGCUAUAUUGAUGGAACUUAUGCCAAUAGACUAUUUCACUAUUGCAUAUGGUUUCAUUUUGUUGAGUCAGGGUGUUGGACAUUUGAUUGGACCGCCGCUUGGAGGGCUCCUCUAUGACGUCACCGGUAGCUGGGAGCUAACCUUCUAUGCGGGAGGAGUAUGGCUUGUCAUAUCAGGAAUCAGUAUUGGCAUCAUCCCCUACACUAAGAACAGGCGGAUCUGGGGCUCCGGGGCUCUUUUGAAGGAUACAGAGGAAGGAGAGAGUAAACACUCGGUGAAAGUGUAAAUAAAUGUUUUAUGUGGUC